UAUUUUUUUUUAAGAUAAAACGAGCUCUCUUGUUUUGCCGAGGGUGUAGAGGUUAAACAUAGAUUAGGGUUUUAACAGGGCGCAGAGUUUUAGCAAUAUCCCGAGCUUGCAGAAGAAGAAGAAGAAUAUGGCGAAGGAGAAUCCGGCAAAAGAGGGCAUGGAUGGUGUCAUAACAGACAAGCGAUUUUCGCGUCUUCAUUCAGACCCUCGUUUCAUGCGUCUUCCUAGGAACAAAUUCAAGGUACAAAUCGACUCCAGGUUUCAGCGUAUGUUCUCUGAUAAGAAAUUCUCUGAGUCUUUAGCGUUUGACAAGAGAGGCAAACGGAAGAAAAAUAAAGAUAAGAAUAAGUUACUUGAGUAUUAUUAUCAUCAAGAUCAGGAGGAGGAGGAGGAGGAGGAGGAGGAGGAGGAGGAAGAAAAUGCGAAUAAACAUUCCCUACAAAAUAACGAAGAUAAACCUAAUGAACAGAUUGGUGAAAUGGGUAUAGUGCCCUGUGUCAAUUCAUUUGACAAAAUCCAAAAGAAAAAGAAUAAAAGCAAGGGGAAUCAUGAAAACUUUCGUACCGUAUGCGGGGAUGAUCAUGUUGUUUCUGAUGAUUAUAAUUUGGGAAAUGUAACCGGCAUUUCCGAUUCCCAUAUGAAGAAAAAGAAAAAGAACAAGAAAAAGGAGCGCGAAACGGUUGACAAUUCUGGUUGCUUGGGUAAGACAACGGGUAAGUGCAUAGACGGUGGUGAUGAGGAAAUCCAGGAGAUGCAGUUGAUGAAGAUGGAAAGCAAAAAGAAAAAGAAAAUCCAAGGGAUUCAGUUGAUGAAGACAGAAGCCAAAAAUAAAAAUACGAGUGACAAGCUGUUUGAUUCAAAUGAAGAUGUAUAUGCAGAAACAUGUACUGACAAACGAGGUCUCGGGUCAAUCAAGAAGAAGGAAAAGAAGAAAAAAAGGUCUAAAUUGGUUGAUUUGGAUGAUAAUUUGUACGCAGAUGAAGGAGAUAAUAAUGGUAAACAGCCAGUUGAGUCCAUUAAGGAGGAGACAAAGGAGAUUAGCAGCGACUUAGAUGAAAACAUGUUUAUAGAGGAGGCUCAGGAGAAUAAUAGGGAUGUAAAAUUGAAGAAUAAAAAGAAAAAGAAGAAUGCCAAUAAUGAUCUUGAUGAUUCAGACAGAAAAAAUUGCACAUUCAAAAAUGGUUUAGGAACUCAAGGUUUGGAGCAGUUUAAAGGGGAUCACGAGCAAUUGGGAACACAACCAGAGAUUUCUGGGGAUUUGGAUGGAUAUAAGGCUAACAGUAAUUUAUCUGAGAAACUCAAGAGUAAAGGCAGGCUUAAGGGCAUUAGAGAGAAUCCGAAUGCCAUAGACGCAUCACAUUUUGUGAAAGGAACACAAACAAAGACAGAGAGCGAGGAUGUUGAGAAGAAAAUAGCAAAGCGGAGUUCUGUGUUUGAAUCAGGAAAGAAGGAAAACAAUACAGUAGAAGGGUUUUUAGGAAAGCAUCACGAGAGUGAGGAGGACCAGGAAUUAAGCGAAUCCGAAUCUUCUUCAGGCAAGGAUGUGGAUAUUUCAGAAAGUGAAGAAAGUGAUACAUCUACAUCCUCUGAUGAUGAUGAAGACGACUAUCAAAUAGAGACUGAUUACCCAGAGGAGGAAAAUGUGCCAACUGUGGAUAGUGUGACUCGAAGAUUAGCUGUUGUCAACAUGGACUGGAAUCAUAUUAAGGCUGUUGAUUUGCUAGUGAUGAUGAAUUCAUUUCUUCCUAAAGGUGGUCAUAUCUUGUCCGUAUGUGUUUAUCCAUCAGAAUUUGGGUUGAAGCAGAUGGAAGAAGAAGCUGUUCGUGGUCCUGCACUUUUCGGAAGUGAUGAUGAAUCUGAUGAAGAUGAUGAAUCCGAGAUUGACAAUGAGAAGCUACGCCAGUACGAGAAGGCCAGGCUUAGAUAUUAUUACGCUGUUAUUGAUUGUGAUAGCGCAACAACGGCAGAUUAUCUUUACAAAACAUGUGAUGGAGCAGAGUUUGAAAGAACAUCGAAUGUUAUGGACCUGCGUUUCAUUCCUGAUGAUAUGGAAUUCAAUCAACCUCCUCGAGAUGUUGGGACUGAGGUUCCAAUUGGGUAUGAAGCACCAGACUUCCACACUCGUGCAUUGCAGCAUAGCAGAGUGAAUAUUUCUUGGGAUGAUGAUGAACCACUUCGUGUUAAGACAUUGAAUCGGAAGUAUGAUCCAAAACAGCUAAACGAAAUGGACUUUAAGGCAUAUCUGGCGUCAGAUGAUGAUGUAUCUGACGGUGAUGAGGAUGAAGAGGGAGAAGAUGCAGUGGAUGAUGAGAAGAAGAAAGACUUGAGAGAAAAGUAUAGAUCCCUUCUUGAUUCUGGAGAUCCUUCAGAAGGCAGGGAAGAUAAAGAUGACAAAGAUAUGGAAAUAACUUUCAACACUGGCCUAGAGAAGCUAAGUAAGCAGAUUCUUGAAAGGAAAAAGAAAAACAACUCAGAAGAGACAGUUUGGGAGGCUUAUUUGAAAAAAAGAAGUGAAAAGAGGAAGGCAAGGAAAAACAUCACAACAAAAUCUUCUGAAGAAGAAACUGGUAGUUCUGAUGGAGAGGAUGCAAGUAAUAUAGAUGGGGAUAAUCAGUCUGAUGAUUUCUUUUUAGAUGAUGACUCUGGAGAUGAUGAAGAUAACAUUAUUACUGGGUCCAAGGUAGAGAAGUCUGCUAAAAAGCAUUCAAAAUCAAAAUCUUUAUCAAGUGAAACAAAAAGUGAAGAAGAUGCAAGUAAAGCUGAGCUAGAGCUAUUGCUUGCUGAUGAUCAUGGGUUCGAAAAUUCUGUUCGAGGAUAUAAUUUAAAAUCAAAUAAAUCGAAAUACCAAAAACUCAAAGAAUCUGCAAUUGAGGACAAAGUACCUACUGUUGAUACUGAUGAUCCAAGAUUUUCAGCUCUCUUCACAUCUCAUCAUUUUGCCAUAGAUCCAACAGAUCCACAGUUUAAGAGGUCAGCAACUUACAGUCGUAGCAUAGUUCAAAAGCAGCAAAAGAAGUUUGCAGAUAAAACAAUGGAUGAUUUAAUGCCUAUUGUGCAAAAGGAAUCUAUAGUAGAUGAUUCUUCAACUAAAAAGAGGAAAACCGAACUUUCAUCCCUAAUUAAAUCAGUCAAGCGAAAAGUUGGAACAUUACAGUCCUAAAUUAUGUUACUGUUUUCCUCCAUGAAGAAUGUUGAUAGGGCUUUUGAACUCUAGUAUCAUCCUCCCUUUCUUCUUGGGAGAAAUGGGUUAGAGUUCAACAGUGAUCUCUGUUAUACUUAUAUUAUCCUUGCUACAGGUUGAGAUAUAUAGCAACGGCUAUUGGUAAGUUCUCUUUUUGAAGCAGUAAAAGCAUUGUCCUCAGCCAUAUCUUAUGGUGAGGUGAAAUAUUUUGAUUGAACAAACAUAAAAAAAUAGUGUUCCAUUUAUUUUAGUAAUUGCAACUGAUCAAUGCUAUUUAAGAAUUUGUUAGUGUUUUAUUGUUCUAA